UUUAUCAAUCAUCCCCCACUGCCCCGGCUCCAUAAAUAUCACACCUCCGAACCUUCUAGAACACCCAUCGUCUUCUUCCCAUCUUCCGCUAAGCUCCCCCGUCUUUCCCGCUCUCCUAAGCUUCGGCGGCUACCGGCGACAAUCCUUAGGUACGUAUGUACGUCAGAGCUCUACAGUAGCUCCACGCAUUCGUGUUUUCCUUUUCUGUGCAUGGUUCGAAAUUCGGCACAUGAAGUUUUACGGGGGAGAUUUAAUGAACGCAGCGAACUGAAUUCAUACUUCUUCUUUCCCAUUUGGUUUCAAAAAAAAAAAAAACACGCAUUUAAUGACUACUAUAAAUGUUUUGCGUUGAUGUUUGACUAGAUCUUCAGUUAAAUUCUAUCCAAAAGUUUCGUGCUAGUUUCUAUGUAUUCUUCUUCCUUCCUUUUCUGGACGAGUCAAAAGCGUUGAAUUAAUUGACGAUUUCCUUGGCAUAAUCUAGAAUUUUCUCGCCACGGAGGCUCCGUUCUGAUCUUUUACAGGGUACGUUUGGAUCUGCGUAACACUGAAUGCUAUGGGCCCGUCGCCGGCGGAACAAACCGGCGAAUCUACAGCUGGUGGAGAGUCUCAGAGAUCGCUUCCGACGCCGUUUUUAACGAAGACGUACCAGCUGGUGGAUGAUUCAUCCGUGGACGAUUUGAUUUCGUGGAAUGAAGAUGGAUCUACGUUCAUUGUUUGGCGGCCGGCGGAAUUCGCCAGAGAUUUGCUUCCCAAGUAUUUUAAGCACAAUAACUUCUCCAGUUUCGUUCGCCAGCUCAACACUUACGGAUUCAGGAAAGUGGUGCCUGAUCGUUGGGAGUUUAUGAACGAGUGUUUCCGGCGAGGUGAGAAGGGACUUCUUCGUGAUAUUCAACGCCGCAAAAUCUCUCCUGCCUCGGCGGCGGCAUCGACAUCGAUGGCUGUCGCGGCGAAUGUCGUGACCGUGGCUGUGCCGUCGGCCGUAAUAACGGUAUCUCCGGCGAAUUCAGGCGACGAGCAAGUUCUGUCAUCCAACUCGUCGCCGACGGCGACCGCUAUAGCUAUCCGCCAGACGGUCCUCACAGCGACGCCUGAAAUUCUGGAGGAAAACGAGCGUUUACGAAAAGAGAACGCGCAACUCUAUCGAGAACUGAAUCGGUUGAGGGGUUUGUGUCACAACAUCUACAACAUGAUGUCUAACUACGCCGUGAAUCCGCCGGAAUCGACCUCCGGAUUGCCUGAAGGGCGGACUUUGGAUUUCCUCCCGGCGAGUCAAGGCACGGCGGAACACGAAACCGCCGCCGCAGAAGACGAAGCUGUUAAGGCGGAGGACGACGGGACGACCCCAAGGCUAUUCGGCGUCUCGAUUGGCGUAAAGCGCUUUAGACAAAGCGAGGAUGUGGAAGGCGAAAGACAAACGCAAUCGCAACCGCACGAAUCCGACAUGAAAACAGAGCCGUUGGAUUCUGGGUCUGCCGAUAAUGGUCCCUGGCUAGAUAAUAGAUUGUUAUAACUCAUAACAGCCAAGUUUCCAAAGAUUUCCCAAAACAAAGAUAGUCAGGUUGUUUUUAUUACUAAUUUAAGUAUAGAAAGGCAAGCAGUCCUUGUUAUAUUGAUGCAUAAUACAAUCAAGUUGUUUGUACCUUCA